AUGGGACAGGUGUCGCGUUUUUGGAGGGGAAUCGAAGGAAAGGGGAAUCUCAAUCGCGUCUUCUUUCUCUCGCAGCCGGCGAUAGCGAAGGCCACACACAGAAACGGCGAAUCCGACGGUUCAGAAGGUGAAUCGUCUUCARCCGRCGAUAGCGAYGGCGGUUCAGAAGGUUYCGACUCGAAAUCGAAGAARGAUUUYARUACUGCUAUUCUCGAGAGSAAGAAGUCUCCGAAUCGACUUGUUGUAGACGAAGCCACUAACGAUGAUAACUCUGUCGUCUGUCUCCAUCCAUCCACCAUGGAAAAGCUUCAGAUUUGUCGUGGUGAUACGAUUCUCAUCAAGCGUCUUAAAUUAUGA